AUGGCAAAGCAGAGCCCCGGGCCAGAAUGCCGAACGAACGUCGGCGAAGAGCCAGCAGCAACAGCAGCAGGAGGAGCAGCAGCAUCGGCGGCAAUGGUUGGCACUCGGAAAUGGCGAUAUCACCAGGGCCGGAAUCAGUUCUGGUGCGAUGGGCGCAUCAUCAUGGCUCGCCAGAGUUCGAUAUUCCUCUUCACUUUGAUUGUUAUCCUGGGAACAAUGGGUCUUUUCUUUGCCUUUGAGUAA